UGGCCAGCUUAAAAAGUCAUUAAGUAUACGUAAAUUUGGUUAACUGGAUCAGGGCGCCAGCCAGCCCCUCACAAAAAUAUGGCCAAGAGAUCCGUAGCGCCCAUACCCAAAACCCACGAGCGCACCCCAGGUCCCAGGGGUCAGGACACCAAGGGCAACAACGAGCUCUUCCUGAAGGAGGUCUUCAACACCACCAACAAGUAUCGGGCAAUGCACGGCUGUCCAGCUGUGACCAUCAAUGCUGAGCUGAACAAGUUGGCUCAGGAAUGGGCCAAUCAUCUGCGGGAUCAGAACACCAUGGCGCACCGACCCAAUCCCAAGUAUGGCGAGAACAUUUUCCUCUCUGGCGGCAUGGAUGUGACCGGGGAUCUGCCGGUGGAAAUGUGGUAUCGGGAAAUCAAUAGCUACGACUUCAACAAGGCGCAAUUCGUGCCCACCGCAGGACACUUUACUCAGCUCGUUUGGAAGUCCUCGACGGAAAUGGGUUCGGGUGUGGCCCGAAAAGCGGACAGAACUUGGGUGGUUUGCAACUACAAUCCUCCCGGCAAUGUUGUGGGUUUGUUCAAGGACAAUGUGCCGCCCAAGAAAUAAGCAUUGCAUUACAAUGAUUAAAAUUUAAAGUAUAAUAAAUAAGUAAACUAGG